CUCUUGUUAAACCACCAAGCGGGCUGGAUGCUUGUAAGGAGGGCGUGCCUGGAUUCGCCCCACAACGAGGAGCUGUUGCGGGAAGGGAUCCCACACACACACCCACACACAUACACACAAUAGCAGAACGGGUUUGUCUGCUAAACCUGGCUUAGGUAUAAGGCUCAGUUACACCUGCUGUUACUCCGUUAGUUCAGAGGAGACCGGGGCGGUUGUUCGUUUGCUGUUGACUUAGCGUUGGACGAAGAAACAGGGUGAGAUGGCUGCCACCACAGCACAGUCUAUGGGGACCCUGCCCAGUGGAAUGGGAAUAUGCACCACAUUCCCAGAUAUUUUUUAUCUGCCUGAACUGAUCUUUGGAGGCUUGGUUUGGAUUCUGGUGGCAUCCACCCAUGUGACCCCACCAAACCCUUUGGGAUGGGUGAUGUUCGUCUCCAUCUUCUGCUUCGUCAUGACCUUCCUGUGGAUGAUCUUGUUUGCUGCUGGCUGUCACAAGAGCAGUUCUGGCUGGGCUGCUGCUGACUUUGUCUACCAUGGACUGGCAGUAAUCUUCUACCUCAGUGCAGGAGUUACUUUGGCUUUCAUUACUAUGCUUAGUAAAGGUGGUGAUCUACGGCUCUACCGGAUUUAUAUCUCAGCAGUGGUGUUUGCCUUUGCUGCCACAUUCCUCUACUUUAUCCACGCCAUUCUCUCUGCCAUCCGAUGGAAACACUUUUGAGGAGAAAAGGCCAAACCUGCAAGAAGAACAGAGCAGCAUCAUUAUUGGCAUCUUUGUACAACUUUAGAUUUCCACAGAAACCUAGUGAUUCCUACUAUAUAGUCAUUUCUCAUUUAAAAUGCUGUUAGCAACUAUUUCAUCAGCUCCCAUUCAGCUUUUGAUCCCAAAUCUAUUGUUACAUAGGAUUUUGGGUUGAGGCUUUCUGCACCAAACAGACUUUUAAUGUAGACAUGUAUUGUUGUAUGUGGCCAGAAAAAUAAUGUGUAUAGUUUAAGAAAACUUGAAUAACAGGUCAGUUUGGAAGAGAAAAAUAUUAUUUUAUCUUGGAAAAUCAAAUUAGAAUAUAGGUGUCUUGAUCAUUAAGUAUAUGAUUUUUUUUCUACAUGUCAAGGAAUUUAUGCUGUUUUUACUGGUUUCUAAGGUAAUUAUAGUUGAUUGAAAUGAAAAACACUAUCUUAAUUGUCUCUUUUAUAUUAGCUGCUAAGUGAAAUUAUUGGUAUUUUUAGAUAGGAUUUGAAUUACAAAUGAGUUACUGGGUUAAGAGUUACAAGUUAAAGUUUAACUAAAUGAAAAUGAAAGAUAUAUUUCAUUGAGUUUAUAAAUAACAUAAAACCCAUAACAACUAGAGCCAGGUUAUAUUCUACACAAGUCUUUAUUUACAUCCAAUUACAUACGGUAGAAUCUAAUUUGGUCCAAAUGUAAGUCAAAUCAGUCCAGUUUAUGUCAGUGCAUUCUAAUCUUAUGUGCCUUAAGCUGACAUAAUUUAUUUAAGUGUCACAUUUAGAUAUAAAAUAAUAUGCAAUAAACCAGAAAAUUACAGGGUCAGGUAUCUAAAACAUAAUAGAAAUAAACCAAAAUGAGCACCGAUUUUGAUAAUAAAAAAUAAAUAUUUAUAUUUUAUUAGAAAUACUAUGCUGAAUUAAUUUAUAAGGCUUUCAAUUAACAAUGAUUUUUCUAUGGUAUUAGAGGAUUCAAAAUAAUCUGCUGUUAAACUUAUUGCAUCUUUCCAAUUGUAUUUCAACAAUUUAAUGAAUAAACUCCAAGUGUUUAGAAAUGAAAGCCUCCUUCAAGUCAGUUUCAAGUCAGUAGCCUCAAAGGCCCCCUUCAAAAACAUUAAAAUAACUUUCUGUCAAUAUGAAUAUGUUGGUAAAAAUAAAAGAUGAUUCAUUAGGAACACAUUCCAACUAGAGAAGUCCAAGAAAUCGAUGUUGCUUUUAAAAGUUGGUAUCUUAUUAAUAAACAUAAAAAUAAUAAACAUGUUGCCUUAUGAAUUUAAUUUAAAACAGAAGAUACGUAAUUGUUCUUAGGAAGCAUUUCUAGUUGUAGGUAGCACUGAAUCAAUUUGCAAACAAGCUGAAUAGAGCCUCAAAUGUUGUCAACUCAGAGGUGACAUCAAUUUAAGAUCUAAUUUCUCAGAUAAAUCUAAUACAACAUAGUUGUUUGUUUUUUAAUAUGCUCUUCACAAUAAAAAACAAAUAGGAUAUUUUAUAACUAUCUAAACAGGCAUAAGUCAGAGUAUAUUUUGUUAUAAUUAAUCAUUGUAAAUUGAUGUUAAUAUAGAAAGGAUUUACUAUUAUCUAAUUAAAAUAAAAUACAAUUAAAAUUU